AUGAGAGUCCGAUCUUGUUCCGGAUUCUAUACAUUAAACAUGGAUGAAAUAAGCACAUUAGCGUAUGAAGGCAACAUUGAUAUUCUUAAAAUUAAAUUACGAGAAGACCAUAGCAAGGCAAUAAAGAAAGAUGUGAGCCAGAGAAUGCCACUUCAUUGGGCAGCAUCUGGUGGCCACAAUGAGAUAGUGGAACUGCUGUUAUCAAUGGAUGUGCCAGUUGAUGCCAGAGAUGAGGCCAUGUGGACUCCUAUGAUGAUUGCUGCCUCUGCUGGCAGAGAGCAGAUUGUGCGUGACCUUGUGUCACGGGGAGCACAGGUGAAUGCUGUUAACCAGACUGGUCAAUGUGCCCUGCAUUACGCUGCUUCCAAGGACAGAUAUCAGAUAGCAGAGUUACUGUUAGAGAAUGGAGGUGCAUUAGACAUUGGUGACCUGUAUGAGAACACGCCCCUUCAUCGUGCCGCAUCCAAGGGCCAUGUGAAGAUAACCAAGCUACUCCUGCAGUACCGACCUGACGUCAACUAUAAGGACUCCAGUGGCAACACACCAUUACAUGUGGCAUGUGAAGAAGAGAGGUCGGAGGUUGCCAGGCUGCUCAUACAACAUGGCGCAUAUGUCACCAUCAUGAACAAGGAAGAACAGACUCCCCUUGACCUAGCCCCGCCCAACCUGAGACGCACCCUGAAGAAACUGAGUGAAGACAUCCACAUUGUUCCUAAUGACCGGUGACAUGAAAGCACUUGACUGGUGACAAAAGAAGCGCAGGACACUCAUUUUAUUCCCAUUUGCAAUGGCUUGUGUCCACUCUACUGGACAUUAUUAGGCCACAUAAAUACAUUUUAAUGGUCAUCAGACAUGGUCAAUCUGGAUCUUGUUGGGUCAUUUAUAGUAUAUUGUAUUAAUACUGCAAUCUGUUGAAUGUGGUAUUGGUGGCAGUGUUUUGACCAUAAUUCCAAACUCGUUCAAGAUAUUCAAAUGAACCUUUGUACACAUGUUUCCAGUGACACGCACAUGGCAAGGCCCAUUACUCUGUCUUCAAUAGCUGUUGAGUUAGGCCCUUUGUAAAAACAUUACUAAAAAUAGUAGAAAGUACUUCGUAUAAAAUUGGAUAUGAACACAAUAUGUCCAAAUGUUAUCCAUCCGUUCCUAUACAUUUACUGGUUUUAGUGUAACCUUAUUCCGUCUUGUGUUUUCUUGGAAUGGAGGUCAUUAGCUGGGAAUUGUUUAUUCAUGUCAGCGUUAAGUUAGUAUUUGUUUGUAUAUUGCUGUUGAUGAAUCUGUGUGCAGUUUGCAUGUAAACAUGUUUGUCUCUGCAUGUAAAAUGACAAAAUUAAAACAUUUCACAGGC